AAUCAAUCAGCAGAUGCAGCAGAUGCAGCAGUCUGGACUCACACUGAUUUUCUCUUCCUCAGUUUGCCUUUGAUUUUAGCUUCACAAAGAGGAUUUGCCAUCAAACUUCAAAAUGCAGCAUGUAUCUGUAAGGCUUUGCCUACCUCUUCUUCUCUUCCUCCUCCUCCUCCAACCUCUGACCUCAGCUGACCUGGAGGAGGGGGAUAAAGUGCCAGUGGAGGUCAUUGUUGACAGCUCCCCCUGCAGCACCACCUGUGGGCUGGGGGUUAAAACUCAGACCCUGUGUUUACUAAAAGAUGGCAAGACAGCGAUGGAGGAGGGCAUGAGGAGUAAAGAUGGGGCAGAGGUGUCGGAGGAGUGUCAUGUCCGCACGGUGAAGUGUAUGGAGUCGUGGCAGUGUGGCCUCAGGACAAUGACAGUGAUGUCAGGACAGAGAGUGGAGAUCGACUGUCUGGGAGAAGUCAUGGAGGCGAUGGGGAAGUUCUCCUGGAGGGUUCUGUGGCGUUUCGCCCGAGGAAUCAUCAGCUCUGAUGAUUCUCUGUUUGCUCGCUGGGAAGCUCCUCAGCUGGACAAAGUGAUUCUGGACCCUGUCAGAGAGGAGGACGCAGGGACUUAUCGCUGUGAUGUGCAGGAUGCCAACUUCCGCAGGGUGAAGAGGGUUUACUGGGGAAUCCGGGUUUUACCAGCUGGGGUUCUAAAUCUAGACUAUGAAAGCUCUCUGGCCCAGUGGGAGUCGCCUGGAAACCAGCAGAACAAGACUGUGUCAGACCAGCAUGACCACAGGACAGCACUUCUUCACAUGGUGCUGAUCUCAUUGAGCCUCGCAGGUGUCGGGUUUGGACUGAUGCUGGGCCUUUACUGGAAAGUAAAGAGGAACUGAACAUUAAAAGAGUUUCAAGUGACUUUUAAAAACCUUUUUAAAGCAGCUAUGAUCAAUGGUUUUAUUAUAACAAUGUGUCA